AUUUUUGUCGACAAAACAAUACAUUUGAAGCGAAAUCUGAUUAAAACAAGAAUUUAUUGAUUACUUGUUGUGAUCAACAAAAUGAUGGACAAUAGCGACCAGAGAUUGUCUGCCAUGACUGACAUGAAUGGCGAAUCCGUUUUGAUGUCUAAUAUGACGGAACUGUUACCCAAUUUGCCGAAUAUGUCGAAUAUAAUGGACGACCAAUUGAUGCAAUUGUUGGACAAUCAAAACUAUAUGAUGACAGACGGAUCUCAUUUAGUGCCGACUCAGCGAAACGUGACUCCAAUGGACUCGCAUUCCGUAAACAACGGACAGAACUCUUCAAAUUCAAUACAGUCUUUGGACAGACAUUCAGUUGAUUCGUGUAAUUAUGUGUCCAAUCAAUACGAACCUCAAUACCACUCGUCAUCGGAUUCGCAUCGCUUUAAGUACAGAAGCAGUGGUUUGUCUUCAGUACCCGAAACGGUGACUCAUGUCUCCGAAACUGAUAAUUCAAUUUCUGGACAAAAUAGUUAUGGAAAUGUCGGCAAUAUAUCGGUUCCGCAACAGAAUUAUCCAAUGACUACAAUCAACAACUGGUCUCAAAGUCAUAACCACAUGAUUGUAAAUCAGAGUCGAGGACCCAAAGACAUGGUGAUGAGCGGUUCCGUUCAGCACAACCAUAUGAAUGCUGUGAAGGCGACGCCUCCUUCGGGGUAUAUUCCUCGACAUCGAAUCCCAAACUUUGUUCCAAACGUUUCGUCAAUGAAUCCGUCGACCACUUCAACGCCUGUCAACCAAACACUCAAUAAUAUGGUUAUUCAUAAUAAUAAUCACAACAACAUUAAUAACAUUCACGUCAAUAGAAAUCACUCCCAAAUGAUGAACGAAGGCUUAGUGGCCGCGCAUCGGGUCGAGUCGACCGCGGCUUACAAGCGGACAGUAAUUGUAUUUAAAGUUAUUGACCAAAUUGUCGACAGUUCUGGAAAAGUACUCAAAGAAGAAAUCGUCAAAAACGAGGAGAUUAUAAGAGAUUUAGGAAAAGUCGAGUGGAACGACACAUUGUCUUCAACCACUCCAUUAUCUUCUAUAAGCCAUGUCUCGCGGUUUGCGUCUAAUCCGAGUUCUGGAGCGUUGGCUGACGUAAGUUCUUCGCCUCGGAGUACGUGUUCGUCACUCGAGACGCGACACAAUCAGAACAACGAGAGCUUAACUAAAAGCCAUUCCGUUCACAAUAAGAGCGAUAUUUUUCAUAAAACUCCGGUUCCCGUCACUCCUAUCCCUCCCAUUCCUCCCAUUCGUGUCAAUACUAACCAUAAGGUUUCUAAAGAAGACAAUAGUUUGGCGGCAAAUGUUGGCACAAGAAAUACAUUAAUUAAUGAGAUUAAAGAAGAAAAUGUGAAAAGCAGUACAAAUAUAGUAAACAUCGAAAGUGUUGUCGAAUUGAAGAUCAAUGAAAGAGAUGAAGAAGAAAGGAGAGAAACGGCGACCGCUCUCUUGUCUUUGACCCAAAGGAGUCUUAACAUAGACUGCAAUCCAAGCGAACAAACAGUUUCGUCAGACUUUGCUAUUAGAGCGGGAAAUCGAGUGAUGGCUAAGUGGAGGGACAAGAACUUCUAUCCGGCCGUCAUUUCCAAACAUUUGCCUCAAAACAACAAAUGGUCGGUUGUUUUCGAAGACAGAGCCACACGAAGUCUGUUUGAAACAGAACUCAUCCAAUUGACUCAUCUAACCCAUGGACAGGACGUUAUGGUAACCAUUUCGGAGGGCUUUUGUGCCAAAUCUACCAUUAAAAAUGUCGUUAACGAUACAAAUGGCUUAUUCUUCGAAGUCGAACACCUGAAAGAUGAUAAACAAGUUUCACAACUCUAUCCAUUGAAAGACAUUUUCCUGAAUGUGGAGCAAAGCGCUAACAUUUGGUUGAAGUCAAGCAAACCGGCAGCGAAUGGUGCGGUCUUUGCUGACGUAGAUUUAGAUAAUAUUGUGAGUGGAAAACGGGUGAGAAUUACGGCUAAAGCCGAAAAGCUUAUCGAAAAGCCGAUUCAACAGUUCAAAAAUGGUCGAAGACGUGCCGCCGAUGCCGUCUCUGUUGACAUCGAUUACGUGAACGACGGCGAAGAGGAGGACGACGACGACGACCAGGCAUUCAGUUAUAAGACUAAGAAGAGGGCAAACAUUCGCAACAAUAAGAAGAAAGUGGAGUCUCAGGGCAUGCUAUUCAAUAACGAGCACUCGUUGUCGAUCUCUCCUCGGGCUGCGAGAGUGCACUCGUCAAUACCGGCACAGGAACUGAUCAAACUGUUGGGACCGUUGCCUGAGAUCGGGUCACUUAUUUUCCAAAGUGUUUGCUUUCUAUUGACGUGUGGCGACAGAAAUAGGAGCGAAGAUAUGUGUAGCGAACAGUCAAAUCCCGAACGAUCGACGCCUUUCGAUAAGUCAUAUCUAACCAAACAAAUCGAAACCGGAGGCGGAGUAGUGUUCGAGACUUUUGAUGACAUGAAAACUUUGAGUGAAAACCAAGAUAUGGUUCUCAUAGCCGACACUUAUCAUCGGUCUAUUAAAUAUAUACAGUGUUUGGCGGCCGGCAUAUCGAUCGCCAGUCAUCUCUGGGUAAUCGAUUGCUGUCGACAAAACAAAUAUCUCAAACGAGACAACUAUACACUUCCGGCCGGCUUUAGCAUCAUUACCAAUGCAUUGCCGUCUGAUAAGAAUACAUUCAAAAAGAGUUCGACACUAUUUCGAGGAACAAAAUUCUAUUUCGGUUCUCAAACACCAGAAAAGCUUCACAGCCUUUGGGCGCCCGUCUUAUCGGCCGCUCAGGCAGUGAUCGUUGAGAACAACACCAUUUCGGUGACUAAUCUUUCGCGUAAGCAUUGCGUCAACUGA